AUGGCCUCAAGCAGGCCUCUAGACAGGUUUUCCAAGUUGUCUGAGGCCUUGCUCAAUAAAGGCUACAUUCCUAGUAAAAAUGACUACUCUUUAUUCCUCAAGUCCACUGGCAGUUCCCUCACAGUUCUAGCUGUUUAUGUUGAUGACAUCCUUCUAGCUGGUGAUGAUGUUUCUGAGCUGGAUGAUGUCAAAGCUUUCCUUGAUGCUCAGUUUAAAAUCAACGACCUAGGGUCUAUUCACUAUUUUUUGGGCCUGGAAGUCACUAAAGUUGCUGCUGUUUUUCUUAUGACUCAAUACAGAUUUACCUCUGAUUUACUUUCAGAGUUUCAUUGCCAGAAUUUUUCCUCUGUGAUCACUCCUCUCGAUGGCUCUGUCAAACUCUCAACUGAUAUGGGGGAGCCACUGUCUGAUCCUAGUAUUUAUAGGAGGAUAGUUGGCAAACUUAAUUUUCUACAACACAUAAGACCUGAUAUUGCUUUCUCAGUACAACAUCUUAGUCAAUUCCUCCAAGCUCCUCAAGUCCCUCACAUACUUGUUGCUAUCCAUGUUCUGAGGUACUUAUCUGCUACCCCAGCUAUGGGUAUUCUCCUCUCUCCUGAUGCUGAUUUUACUCUCAAGGCUUAUUCUGAUUCCGACUGGGCAGCUUGUGCCAUGUCCAGGAAGUCUGUCUCUAGUUAUUUUAUUACUCUUGAUGGUUGCCCUGUUUCUUGGAAGAGCAAGAAGCAACAAACUGUAUCACUGUCCUCUGUUAAGGCUAAAUGUAGGGCCAUUCGACAAGUAGUUGUUGAGAUGUCAUGGUUAAUCAGGUUACUUGCUGAUUUGGUGUCUCUAUUUCUCAUCAUGUUCCUGUUUUUUGCGACAACCAGGCUGCCCUACACAUUGCUAAGAACCCAGUCUUUCAUGAGCGCACCAACCACAUCGAGAUUGACUGUCAUUAUGUGUGCGACAAUGUUACUUCUGGUUUGGUCUCCCUUCAUUAUGUUGCAAGUGCUGUGCAACUGGCUGAUAUCAUGA